AUGAAACACGACUGGCAGGCGGCGUGGGCGGAGCGGCUGCGGUGGCAGUCGCAGCAGGAGGGCUGGAGCGGCCGCAACGCCAGCGCGCGCUCCGUCAGCCAGCCGAGGUACCUCGAGACGCUCGUCGUCGCCGACAAGAAGUUCCUCGACUACCACAAGGGCUCCGACCUCGAGAACUACAUCCUCACCAUCAUGAACAUGGUGGCAGACUUCUACCACGACGGCAGCGUAGGCAACCUGCUCAACGUCGUAGUUGUGCGCAUCAUCUACUUAGAGAAGGAAGAGGAGGAGAUGGAUCUUGAGAUUUCGCCGGAUGCUGAGAAGACGCUGGCAAGCUUCUGCAAGUGGCAAGUUGGCGUCAACCCAAAGGACAUAUCGCAUCCCAACCAUCAUGAUAUCGCUGUACUUCUCACCAGGCACGACAUCUGCUCGGACAACAUGAGCAACUGCAACCUGAUGGGGCUGGCGUACGUGGCGGCGGCCUGUAAGCCCGACCUGUGCUGCGCCAUCAACGAGGACAGCGGCCUGCUGCUGGGAGUCACCGUUGCCCACGAGAUGGGCCACGUCAUGGGAUGCAGCCAUGACGAGGAGAAUGUAUCUGGAUGCCCGCCCAAGGUGGACGACAACACCUAUAACGUGAUGUCGCCAUACGUGAUGGGCACCACCACACAAUGGUCGCCCUGCAGUCGCAAAUUCAUCACGACCUUCCUAGACGCCGGCCUUGGGGAGUGCCUGCUGGACGAACCGCAGGAGUCGCGCUACGCCUACCCGGAGAUGCCGCCGGGCGCCAUGUACGAUGCUGACUACCAGUGCAAGACCAAUGUAGAGGAAACUACUUGCUGCGGAUUCGGCCAAGAAUCGCACUGCAAGCGGUUGAUGUGCAAGAAAGGAAACAGUAGCUGCGUAUCUGAUGGAAGUCCUGCUGCAGAUGGCACCAAGUGUGGGGAGAAUAAGUGGUGCUACGGGCAGCAGUGCGUGCCGGCCGGCGAGCGGCCGCGCGCGGUUGCAGGCGGCUGGGGGCAGUGGGGCGAGUGGCAGCCCUGCUCGCGCACCUGCGGGGGCGGCGUGCAGGCGUCGCAGCGCGAGUGCGACAACCCGCCGCCCGCGCACCGCGGCCGCUACUGCGUCGGCCUCCGGCGGCGCUACCGCGUCUGUAACAUACAGCCUUGCGAGGACGGCUCGCCAACGUUCCGCGAGGUGCAGUGCUCCGAGAUGGACUCUAAACCGUUCGAGGACAAGCUGCACAAGUGGAAACCAUACCGAAAGGUCGUAAACCCAUGCGCACUGGUGUGCAUCAACGAGGAGCGCGUCUACUCGACGCUGGCACCGCGCGUCAAGGACGGCACCCCGUGCAAGCCCGGCACCAGGGACAUGUGCAUCUCCGGCCGCUGCCGGCACGUGGGCUGCGACUGGGUGCUCGACUCCGAUGCUGCCGACGAUCCGUGCGGCGUCUGCAAGGGCAACGGGACCAUGUGCCAAAAGGCCGACCACACAUUCAGCCAGGCCUCGGGAAACGGGUACACGAAGGUGGUCACCGUACCCACCGGCUCUCGUCACCUCAGCGUGGAGGAGCUGGGCCCCACCGAGAAUACGAUUGCAGUCUCCGAUGAAAAAGGGGAGAUCUUCUUCCUGAACGGAAACUACACGGAGGAGGCGGACGGCGAGUACCGGAUGGGCGGGGCGCUCGCCUUCUACAGCCAUCCCCAGCCCAAUCAGGAGCGACUGGACGUCCCGGGCCCCACGCAGCAGGCGCUCACUAUACACGUGGUGUUCUUCGGCGGCAAGAACCCCGGCGUGCACUACAGCUACUACGAGCCCCUGGAGCGGCCGGCAGACCGCACGCCUCGCUACUCCUGGGAGUUCCUCGGCUGGCAGGACUGCAACGUCGUCUGCGGGGGCGGCACGCAGGUGGCGGAGCCGGUGUGCGUGGAGGAGGGUGCUGGCCGUGUGAGCGACCAGUCCUGCCCCGCAGAGGACAAACCGGCGGCGCGCAGCCGCGUCUGCAACGAGCAGCAGUGCAAGAUCAGGUGGCGUGCGGCGACGUGGGGCCGGUGCUCGGGCUGCGUGUUUCGCGUGGGCAUGGCGCGCAGGCGCGUCGAGUGCGUGCGACAGGCGGCGCGGCCGGAGGAUGACCCGGCCGUGGUGCCCGAGGCCAGCUGCAAGGGGCUGCCGCGGCCCGCAGGCGUCAAGUUCUGCAAGUCCACCAGGCCCUGCAGCAAGGGCGCGCCGGCGCCGGCGCUGCACGGCCGCAGCAGCAAGCAGGUGACUGACGCCGCCUCUGCGCGCCCGAAGAACCGCGCCAGAAGACUGAAGCACAAGACGAAACGGCCAGCGAUCACCUCCGAAAGCACCACCGCCGCCCAGGCUCCUGUGGUGCAGGACCGCGUGCCUCCAGGACACAUUCUGCUCAUAGAGGUACCUUCAUCCUUUUUCCUACCAUCUAUUGUCUUCAAGUCUGAUGGCCUGGCAUCACAUUGUGGCGUUUUUCUGUAUUUAUGUCGCUGA